AUGGUAGGUUUAUCUGUGAGCAUGGUGGGAUUUUCUACUAUUGAACCAAAAAUUAACACCAAAGGAACUAGUGUUGAAAUUGCAAUGAUAGAGAAUGUUGGACAAGAUAAAAAUAGCAAACAAAUAAAUAAACAAUUUAAAAUUGUUAUUUUCCAUCCAUUUGAAUCAAGAUUAUCAAGCAUUACCAAAAGUUGCAAGAAUGUAUCUAGAUUGUUUAUAUCUGGUCAUUUAUCUCCACAAAGAAAAAACUUGGCUAAAGAAUUUUUUCUUCAAGAAGAAAAUCAACAACAAAUACAAUUACCUAAUCAAAAUAAUCAUCAAAAUCAAUUACCUAAUAACCAACCUACUCAACAACAACUUCAAUUGACUAAUCAAACAAACAAUCAACCUUCACUUCAACAACAACCUCAACAAUUCCAGCAGGAACCUGAAUUUCAACAAUCUAAACCUCAACAGAAAUCACAACAACAAUUUCAACAAGAACUUGAACUCCAACAAAGUACUGAACUUCCCAGUCAACCAACUAAUCAAUCUGUUAAACAACAAGUACAAUCGUCAAAUGCAAAAAAAAAAAAUCAAACUUUCUGA